AUGUUUAGCCAGCAAGUCGUCCGCGGUGGGCGGCGGAUCGGCCAGAUGGCUCGAGGCGGGCAGCAGCCGUCACUGGCUGCGCUGAGACGAACAGGUCAACGACGAUGUUAUGCUGCCGAGACUGCACAAGCCCCCCCCAAGGGCCGAGUCGGACGAGCCUUGGGCCUCCUCCUGUACGGCGCGGCCUUCAGCGGCCUCGGCGCCGCGGCGACGUUCUACGCCAUGGUCCGGCAGGGCUUCGCCUCCUUCACCGACGCCGAGUCGGCCAAGCUGUUCGUGCCGGACAGCGAGGACCUGCAGCGCAUCGAGGACACCAUCAACAACCACCCGCUGGUGCAGGAGCUGCGGUCGCGGCCCGAGUUCAGGGAGUCGCGCCCGCACCUCAAGAUGUCCGAGGAGAUCCGCCGGCGGAGCCUGACGGCGGGCGUGCUGCAGGGCGAGGGCAAGAUGGUGGUGCCGCCGCUGGCCUUCAUCGAGGACGGCGGCAAG